AUGGAUCAACCAACAACGAUGUUGAAACAUUUUAGUCACGAACAUCCACUGAAAUAUAUUGAGUCGAGUGCUGAUGGAGGUUGUGUCUGCUCAGCCUGCAAACUUGCUAUAAUGCCAAGAAAUUUCUUCUAUCAGUGCAAGCUUUGCGGAUUCUCCCUUCACAAGGUCUGCUACAGCAUGCCUAAAAAGGUCAUGCACCCUGCUGAUCCAAAUCACUGGCUCAAGCUCUCAACCCCGUCUACUGUCCUAGAAAAACCAGACGAGUGUGAGGCGUGUGGGAGGCACAUUGCAGGAUAUUACUACAGCUGCACCGAGUGUCCCCUUUCCUAUCACAUGCUGUGUGUGGCAAUGCCUCUCUCGGUCAAAAUCAUGUCGUCCCAUCCUCACGUGCUUAAGCUAGAGUUCAGACCUGUCUAUGAUUUCAAGUGUGAUGUGUGUGACAUGCCUAGAUUCAAUGGAUGGCAUUACCAUUGUAGAAUGUGUGAGUUCGAUGCGCAUGUUUCAUGUGCUGUUAAAGGGGCUCAGCCACUAUUGAAGGAUGACGGAACGAAUGGGUCAAAAUCCCACCAACAUGAACUGAUGGAGCUGCUCUCGGAGCAGAUGAAGCAUGUUGAGGUGAAGAAUGCGAACAAUCUUGAUCUUGAUCGUGAUCAUCAUCUUCAGUCUCUCGAUCAGUUGAGUGCAAUUUCUGAAGUUUUCACUUUGCCAAGCUGUCAGUUUAGUGAUGCUUGUUUCUCCCUUGAUGUAUCAAAGCCUAUUCCUAUUGAGAGAAACAAAAAUGAAUGGAGUGAGUGUGAUUCUAAGCAAAAUAAUGAAAAGCUUCAACUUCUCAAAAGGCAGAGUUUCAGUUUUGGCAUGAAGGACUUGAAGAGGGAGGUGACUCUAGCGCCCUCCACCGGCAUCUGCACUCCUGUAUGGGAUGAAAUGGGACGAGAAAAUGAAAACAGAAACGCGAAUGCAGCUAAUAACAUAAUGCUGUUUAAGGAUCAGGCUAAAGAAACAGAAACUAGGUUGGAAGAUGCUGCAGUCUUGACAGAUCUGAGAUAUGAAACUGAAAUAAGGAAAUAG